AUGAAGCCUCUCGGCUGCUACCUUCUCCUCCUUCUCCUUUUCGCUCUCCAUGAAAAAACUCGUGCCCACCGCCACCUUCUCAAGAUAUCAACCAAUCCACGUCUCGAUAGCGCGCGCAGUGCCCUCCAUGCUUGGAAGCGGUCCAUCCACUCCGACCCUUCAAAUUUCACCGCCAAUUGGGUUGGCCACGAUGUUUGCUCCUACAACGGCAUUUUCUGUGCACCUGCGCUCGAUGAUCCUUCCCAAACCGUUGUUGCCGGCGUUGACCUCAACGGCGCCGACAUCGCCGGACACCUUCCCGAUGAGAUCGGUGACUUAGUCGACAUAAGCCUCCUUCACCUCAACUCCAACCGAUUCUGUGGGGUCGUGCCCGACUCUAUCUCUAAGCUGAAGUUGUUGUACGAGCUCGACCUCAGCAACAACCGCCUCGUCGGGUCUUUCCCAGAGGUCGUCCUCGGCUUGCCCGAGCUCAAGUACCUCGACCUCAGGUUCAAUGACUUCGAGGGGCCCCUGCCGCCAAAGUUGUUCGAAAAGCCACUUGAUGCUAUUUUCCUCAACAACAAUAGGUUCGUAUCGGUCAUCCCAGAGAGCAUCGGCAACUCGACGGCCUCGGUGAUCGUGCUGUCGGACAACGAGCUGACGGGAUGUGUCCCGAGCAGUAUCGGGAACACGGCAGGCAAGUUAGACGAGUUGAUCCUAUCGGGGAACAAGCUCUCUGGAUGCCUUCCGGAGGAGAUCACACUGCUCAACACGACCACCGUGUUCGACAUCAGCGCAAAUGAUCUCGUUGGGGACUUGCCUCAGGGCAUGGAGUACAUGCAGGGAUUGGAGGUCCUUAACAUCGCUAGGAACAAGUUCAGAAGCGACGUGCCGGACACCGUAUGCACACUACCGAGCCUCAAGAACUUCACCUUCUCGUACAACUAUUUUGAUGCUAGGGACGAGGCUUGCUACCCCAAGGCGGUGACGGGGCUUGUGAUCGUGGAUAAAGAGAAUUGUUUUACGCAAGAGAAGAAACAGAGAUCCGAGAAAGAAUGCAAGAAAGUACUAAGCGAAAAGGUGGAUUGUGAGGCCACCGGAUGCAGAUCCCCCACGGACGGUGGAGCGCCGAAGCCCAAGCCCCCAAAGAAAGGAUCUCCACCAAAGUCGGAGCCCAACCCAAAGGCACCAAAGUCUGAGCCAGGUCAGGCACCCAAACCUGCACCGCAUCCAUAUAAGCCUUCGCUUUCACCUAAACAAACACCAAAGACAUUGACACCUGCUCCCGAGCAAGGGAUUGUUUCUCCUCCAACUAAUAAUGGGAUACACAAGUCGUCUCCGCCACAGUUUGCCUCACCACCACUAGUAUAUUCUCCUCCGCCUCCACCGGCCGCCCAUAUUUUCUCUCCCCCACCACCUGUCUACUCCCCUCCGCCACCAUUGGUCCAAUCACCACCACCUCCACCGCCAGUCAACUCUCCACCGCCGCCAAUCCAAUCACCACCACCUCCAUCACCUUCACCACCACCUCCACCACCUGUCAACUCUCCGCCGCCACUAGUACAUUCACCCCCUCCACCACUCAUCCACUCUUCACCACCGCCGGUACAAUCACCUCCCCCACCACUCCACUCUCCACCACCACCGGUCUAUUCUCCACCGCCGCCAGUGCAACCACCUAAUCCUCAACCACAUGGCCACUCUCUAAUCCCACCAUCAACUUCACAGUCCCCACCUGUCCUCUCUCCACCUCCACUAGCCUUUUCGCCUCCUCUUUUGCCGGUUAAUUCCCCACCACCGCCACCUUAUGUGAUAUACCCACCAGUGAGAAUCCCGGGGCCGCUGGGCGCCAGUUACAAAUCCCCGCCGCCUCCAGCCAUCCCAGGCUAUUAA